UUUACGAACACUAUGCAUUGAUAUAGCUAGGUUAUUAUGGACCUACACCAUAAAACCGAGGAAAAAAUUAUAAUUCUAGCCUUAACCAAAACCGAACCCUAACCCACUUCUACUCCCUUUUCCGGUUUGUUAAAUGUCGUGGUUCGUCCUUCUGUUGGGCCUAUACUAUUUUUUGAGACUGUAAUUCAGGAACUAAAAAUGAUUUCUUGACACCCAUCUACCUAAAACUAGUUUUGUAUUAGAUUUUAUCCCACGGACCGCACGGUCGUCGUAUCGGUUUACUUACCACACGGACACCUCCGGAUGUCUUUACGGCUUCCUGUUUAGAAGUUGAAACGCGAAGAGGAAAUUCUUUUGGCUAAUCACAUGCUCGAGACACUAGGAUUGCUGUAAAUAUCAUUUGAAACAGAAAGUGCAGAAGAUGCAUCCAGGAGGGCUGGCUUUGGUGCACUAUUUAAUAAAGACAAGUGGCUAUAUUUUAAAAGCACCAAUUAGGGUAUCUAGAAGUGCUGUUUAUCAAACUGCUGUUAAAAGACUUGUUGAACAGAUUUCUGGACCUUGGAUUAUUUUUGUUAGACCAUCAUCUUUAAGAAAUUUUUGUCAUUCAACAAAACUAUGUGAAAAGGCAAGAACAAGUAAAAGACAAGCAAAGGAAACAACAACAAAAGUAGCAAUUUCAGAAGAUGAACAUUGUCAGGUCUUUGAUGCAAGUGAAAAGCUUAUUGGGCAGAUGACCAUAAAAGAAGCGGAAACUGUUGCCAAAAAAGACAAUCUAAAACUAGUUGACAUUGGAACCAAUCAGGAUGGAGUUAGAUCAUUCCGACUUCUCUCAGGAAAAGAAUUAGCAGAAGAAAGCAUACGUUUUAGGACAGAAGAAAAAAACAAGAAACCUAAAGAAAAAGAGUUCAGAAUUAUGUGCAGCAUCAAUGACCAUGAUCUCGAAAUUAAGACAAAGCAGGCCAAAGAAGCUGUGGGACGAGGAGAUCAUGUGAAAUUUAUCAUCAAGCCACGUAAGAAGACAGCUGAGGAUGUAGCAGAUAGACAGAUGGCAGAGAUGGCCAAAAAGAUCAUAACUGGAAUGGAGAAUUUAGGGCAAAUUAAAUAUGGCAUCCGGAAUUCUCAAGAAGUACAUCUGCUUCUCAGGCCAUUGGGAAACACAGAAGAAAACCAUUAGACUUCUUUAAUUAAAAAAAUUAUUUUUUUAUAGUUUGGAUAGUAUUACAAAUUUCUUAUGUUCAAUAGCUCCUUAAUUCAGGAGGGUCUUAUAAAUUCCAGCUACUGUAGAUUUUCAGGUGAUUAUUCAAGCUUCACCUUUAUCUUUAAGAUUUUCAUAUGCUAUUGAAUACAGGUGGACUCCUACGCCUCUUUUUGUAACCUCAGCUGUGAAAACAAUUAGUUCAUUAUAUUUAUCUAAUACCGUCAGGAGCUUACUGCUAAAUGGCUAUCCUCUGAAAGGAAGGAGUUUACAGAAGAACUUGUAAUUUAUCGUGUACAUAUUUUCGAAAAGUUUCUUCUUGUGUAGUAACACGUAAUUCAAAUAUAAAAUGAAGGUUUGUGAUUGAAGGCCUAUUUUGAACGAUAUUGUGGUGCUGUGGGUAUUUUUUCUUUUAAUAGUGAGCUGUGGAUGUCAGGUUUAUAGUAAACAUAAACAUGCAUACAGCUGGAUCCACACAAGUCAAACAGCCAAUACAAGUUUGCAAAUGUUUAUGUAGUUAUUAUUGAAAAUGAUUUGCAAAACAAAGGCUCAUCAUACUGUGUGCAUAGCAGUAAAUGAAAAUGUAUGAAACAUGCAUUUCAUUAUACAAUCAGCAAAACAUACUGCAUCAGGCUUUCAUUUACAUAUUACAUCAAGUUCUGUUUGAGUCAGAAUCUGCUUGAAGUCUUGCAAAAAUCUCAGUUAAAUGAAUGCAUGUUUUCUACCUCCCACUUAGUACCAGUUUACCUGUUUAUUAUUAGAACUCUAUUCUCUCUCCUUAAUUCAGCUCUUCUAAAUUUUCCUUGAAGGCAGAACUGUUUCUCUACAUUCGUUCAUGAUCAUAUUUGUUUGAGUUUAAGGGUUUAAUAUUAUGGGUACUCUAAAUGUUUAUUAUUAGUGCACUUAUAAUGAAAUCAUUAAAGACCUUAAAAGACUGAAGAAAGAUUUUUUUAAAUCACUGGUUUUAUGCCACAGACCAGGUGGUUGAAACACUUAUUUUUUCUCUUUAUGUUCUUUUAGUCCAGAUUAUUAGACUUUGCACAACCCGGACUUAGCAAGUGGGAUGUACCUGCCGGUUAUUUCUGGCACAACUAUCAGUUUAUAAAUAUCAUCAUUAAUAUAAAUGUUUUGAUUGUUAUAUAUCCUUCAUAUACAACCUAUACAUCACACAUAUACUAAUAAACUUCGUAAUCCACUGAAUUACAGUCGUAUAUUAAUUUUGUUCCGAUAGAAAACUGAAAAAUACAAUCCAAGAAAUAAGUAAAAUUAAAAAAAAAAUCUGAAAAAAAAGGGGAAGAAGAACCUCAGCUUGAAAAUGUUUCCAAUAUAUCUACAAACUAUCACUGAACUUUAUAUUUAGUGCAAAAAUAUGAACAAAGUUCAUGUUUACAGGCUUAAACAAAAAUCAGCAACUUGAUUAGAUCAAAUCACAAUCCCUGUAGUACAAUGAUGUUGACAAAAUGAUAUUGUAGGUUAAAUAAACUUGUUUAAAUUUUGGUGAAAUCCUUAUUUUCCUUGUGCUUUAAACUAAAAUGCACUAACUCACUUUUGCAAGAUGAUUUCGUCUAAGAAGACUUUUGGCUGCAGGAAUAUUAUUCAUAAUUUAAAAAAAUAUAUUUCUAAAGUCUGAUAAAGACUUCUGAAGAGUUAAACAUUUAUAUAAUCAUUGUUUAAAAUCAUACAGACUUAAAGGCUCAUGCAUUUUUAUGUUCUACCCAGUUGGCUUAUGUGGGGAGCUAUAUGCAUCCCUAAAUCUGACAGAAAGACUGGAUAAUAAUAAAAGUUCUUAGAUUCUGAAUCAGCCUAUUCCAUAGGGAAGGAAGAGCUUUAUUUAUUGUAGUAGAUUUUGUGACAAUAUUAUGCUUGGCAUCUCCAAAAAUGACUACAGAAGAAAGGUUAAACCUUUCGUACAAGCGUGAAACACACAAUGCUCUCAUUCUCCAGCGAAAAAUUGUUGUUGCUUGUGUUUUAGGGGGAAGGCAAGAGUUUUUCUUGUACUUACACUGGAUUUCUCUAUCAUCAGUACUCUUUAAAACCAAAAUGUACAUAUUUUACAAGUAAGAAACAUUAAGGAUGCUUUUAAUGAUGCCAGACACAGUACUUAGCAUUUUUUGUGUAAAGAAUCUUUAAAAGCAAGACUGCAAACAACUGUAAUUAUUACAAACCAAAGAAGUUGGGUUGGUGAGGGCAUAGAAAAAGCAGUUUCUGUUACAUUUUGCAAAAAUAACAAGAUCACACUCAGUACUUUUACUACAACAUUCAAUCAUUUUAUUAUUUUUUAUGUCAAAUAAUCUUGAAACAAAGUGGCUGAAAACCAAUUAUUCUUGCAGUACAUGCUACACGUAUGAAAAUGUGCAGGUCCCUGAAUUAGCAGAUACUGUUGCUUUCACAGAUACUUGAAUUAAAUCCAUGACAUGUUUCAACAGUAUAAUUACUGGCACUUUCUGGUGGAACUGUCAUUUAAUAAAAAGUCUCUGCAUUUAGGGAUGGGAUUGAUUCAAUGCUUACGUCAGCUGCCAGUCAUGCCACUUAUGCCAAGUAACUAAAGUAUAAAAGUCACACUAUGUUACAAAGUGUGUAGGUGGUUAUGUGUAUUAUUGCAGUAACAGUCUGUUGUAUAAGUCUAGUGCUAAUUCCAGUAAAGUUGGUUAGUAAAAAAUUUCAGCCUUCAAAAACAAUAUAAAAUGGUGUCACUUAAGCAGGAUGGCAAUGACUAAAACAGUGCUGAAUAACCAAAUGUUUCAAACCAUAUAAUUAUACAUCAUGGAGUGUUCAAAAAAAAAAAAACAUGGUAAAAUACUUAAAGCAAAAGCUGAGCAACUAUGUCUGACACAGUCUUGACAUAUCAUUAGCUUUAUCACAUCAUAAAUAUCUCUCACUUUCACUCCAAAUUCAAACACAUUGUACCAAUCAAAAAAAAAAAAAAAGGAAACAUGUCAACCAAACGCCCCUGCUCACCACCCAAUACUGAACAUGAAGACUGGGAGGAGCUGACUUGCAUAAAGCAAUUUAAACAUGAAAAUAAAAAAAAAAAGUCACAUUUUAAGAAAGGAAAAAAUAAUGCAGGAAACUGGCAAUAUGAGAACAGGUUUAUGCUUUUUGUAUUUAUACCAAUAUACCAAGUAAUAAAACUAGUUAUGCUAAAAAGAAAAAAGAAAAGAACAAGUAGUUUAUGCUGAGGUGAAAAAUGACAGCCAUCAUCCAUAUGAAUAAAACCAUUUUCAUGUUCUGCCAAUGAUCACUUGUAGUAUCUACCACUCUGAUAAAUAACAUUUCUUCUUAGUUCCCAAAUGCUCUAUGAUUACAGAUGGAGAAAAAUUCUUAUUUGAGCAAAGAGCCAUCUUGAUAGUCAGACUUGUAAAGUUCCAUAUUUUGUUACAUUUUUCUUAAAACAUCAGAAUUCAAGAAACAAUGCUUGCAUAAUUUGAUGAGAGUGUGCAUGGUUGGAAAUUCUUGUUUUAAAAUAUCUGCCACAAAUUGAAGCUAUCUGAGAGUCCCUUCUGCAUACUUAAGAGCAAUCAUAAGAAAGUGCACAGAGGGAGUGUGACAAAUUGAGGGAAAUCAAGAUAGGACAAAGCUACAUGUUUUGCAGAACACUUGAAUGCAACAGUACAUGAUAAAGUGUUUAUUAUUCCAUAACUGAGCCUGCACGUUAUGUGCAGCUAAGAAAACAAAAGAAAAGCAUGACUAUGCUGAGUUUAUAUAAAAUGUUAUGAGCAUAGACAGCAAACCAUAUGCACAAUUUUGUUAGAGAUUGCUGACAGGGAAGUGUCAUUGAUUAUUACAGUAGUUUUCUGAUAAAUGUGAAGAUUAAGACAUUUACUAUUUUUAAACAGCCUAUGCCUAUCAGGAGUGUAGGAGAUAAUAAAGUAAUUAAAAAAAAGGUAAAUAAAACAUUUAAAUUACAAGUGGAAAUAAUGUUCGUUACGUGAAAACUUUUUCUCAUUUAAAAGAAAAAAAGUUAAUAGUUGCUGUAUUUGACUAUUUUCUUUGCAUUUGUGAUUCUUUGGCAUCUCUUAUUGAUAUAUUUUUGUUAGUGUACUAGUAGUCUGUUCAGAUGAUCCUUGCAUUAUCUGACCUAGGAAUCCUUCCAUGCUUACUUUAACAAGACUUUUAACUCAUUACAUUUCUCUGUGCAUAUGCCAUUACUUUUUGAACUUUUUCAAAGUGGUUAUAUCUUUCAUAUGAUACUGUAGAUACUUUUUUGGGUUGCAAGUGUUUUGAUGGUAAUGAAAAUAUGGGUUUCCAGAUAGCUGGAGCUAGCUAGGCUUGAGGAGCUUGGGUGUAAUCUCAGAUAUUUGAGUUUUGUGAGAGUAUACUUGUUUUCAUAUACAAAGAUUCCCAACACACUUUAUCUCUGUCUGUAAAACAGACUUAACUGAAAAAUUUGGCACAGGUUAUAGCGGGUUCAGAGUAGCUGUACUGCAUUAUUGUACAUUACUCUAAAGUGUCAAUUAUCCUUGAGAUAAGAACUAGUUCUCAUGAUACAAACCAUUCACAAAAAAGGGUUAAAAAAAACCCCCUGCAUUAGAAAUGAUGAUGGACCUGUUUAUGCUGUAAAGGCUAAAGCCAAUGGGUGAACUGAUAAUAUGUUAAUAAAGCAUAUCCAUCACAGUUAAAAAAAAAAAUGUUUUUCUUGAGCAUCACAAUGUCUAUAAGAUUAGGUCUUGAGAAGGGAAACCACUCAAAUUCUGGGAAAUGAUAUUUUGCACUAAACUCAGUCCAGUCAUUUGGAAGAAAACAGCUGCACUUUUACACCUUUAAUUAUGAAUAGCUGCAUUAAGAGUUUGAAAAUAAAAGUGAUAUUGUCAUGCAUUUUGAAAGCACUAAACUUGUCAAUAAUUAACAGUAUAAAAUAAUACUUGUUAUAGAACAAAAAUGUAACCGAAGCCAACUGUGUAUGUUUCAAUGACAGCAUCAACACAUGGACUAUAAACUAAUACUAAGAAUAAUAUUAAUGGUCUAGUAAUGAAUUUACACUGGUUUAAGGAAUUCUUGACAGUUUUCAAAUGUACCACUGGUUUUACUGGAUGAAUGUCAUCAUUCUUAUAGCAGACAAAAACAUUUAUGCAAUUUGCUCACUUUCAAAAAUGACGCACACAACAUGAAACACUUUCUUCAGUUUAAUAUGGAACCAAUUAUUAAAAUUGUAUUUCUAAUAAAUAAAUUAGCUAGCAAACCCUUCAAAAAAAAAAAAAAAAGUUCUAAAAAGUAAAGUUUCAGUCCCAACUAAAUCUUGGGGCUGGUAAUACUAAUUUUUCAGCUUUCACUUUGAAUAGCAAGCACAUUUGAGCACUCAUUCAUCCACUUGCUCAGGUUUUU